CUUCUUUUUCAAAGAUAAAAAAGAAACCAUUUUCUCCUUCCCCUCCUCGCAUAAAUAAGUACUCCAAUAUUCCUUGGCUCAAAAGCAUCUCAAAUUCGACUAGAUCCCUUAAUGAAGUUGUAAAGUAAGUUCAAAGAUCGAGAGCUAGGUAUUUGAUAUCCAAAUCAUUCUCUGAUAACCCAAAAGGGGGGUUGGAUUCUGUUUCGUCGGAACUAUGUCGUCUUGCUCGGAAUCUACGGCUAUGAAACCGGCUAGGUCACUGGAGAAGCCAAGUUUUGCCCAAACUUGUAAUUUGUUGAGUCAGUACUUGAAGGAGAAAGGUAGCUUUGGGGGUUUAUCUCUGGGAAUGACAUGCAACGUUGAAGCUAAUGGGACACCAGUGGUGCCGCCUCCGACCAUGAAUCUGUUCCCUGUCAGUGACAAGUCCGAUGAUGUUUGUGGCCGAAACGGUGGGAAUCCUAAGAACUUGACAUCCAUGGAUUUGUUCCCCCAACAAGCUGGUUUGGCUUCUAAAGAUGAUAGUCCCAACAAGUUGGAGCCUCAGACUGCACCAAUGACCAUCUUUUAUGGUGGACGAGUGAUUGUGUUCAAUGAUUUUCCAGCAAACAAAGCUAAGGAAAUCAUGCUUUUAGCUAGCAACAGCAGCUCACAAAGCAACGACAGCUUCAACCCCAUCCCUUUUACUUCUAGCAUAGCCAGAAGUCCAAUCAAAUCAAGCAUCGGAGUUCCUCCUACCUCAAAACCGGUUCACCCUGCUCAGCGAGCCGUCCCUGGCGAUCUGCCAAUUGCAAGGAGAGCUUCACUGCAUCGGUUCCUAGAGAAGCGAAAGGAUAGGAUCACCGCAAAAGCGCCAUACCAGAUAAGUCACUCCGCUGCAGCUCCUUCCCUGUCCGGCGACAACAAGUCAUGGCUCGGUUUGGCUGCUCAAUCACCAUAGUAAUCUGCUGAGCCAAAAUAAUAAUUAUAAUAAUAAUAAUAAAGAUCACAAUUGUAAUGUAAGCCAAGUUUGAGGUCUUCCUUUUUGAGGCUUUUCUUAAGCCUGCUGCUAUCCUGUGUCUUUUUUUGUUUUUUGUUUUUCUUUUUUUUCAGCAGGGUAAGCCUGCUGUUGUCUUACCUAUGUAUUCAUGCAUGCAUCUAGUUAUCAGCUCUAAGGAGAGCCCUCUUAGAUCCUAACUAUCAAUCAAAUUAGUUUUAUUGUAAUUAUUUUUUUAUUAAGGAAGUUUCAGUUUAUGUUAAA